AUGUCUUCCGUCCCUGCCUUCGCUUCUGAGGUGCAACUCCGCAUCCACUGCACUUAUCCCUCACGUCGCCCUUCCUUGGCAGCUGCUGUCCACGCCCUCAACCUCGCACGUCGUCGCCCUCGUCGACCUCGGGUCAUCAACGCGGCUCCAAUCUUUAACUUGUUCUCACACCAUGUACGCCACACCAUGUGUACCUAUAUCGCAAAAGGAUUCACCCAAGCCUGGGUCAAAUACCGGAUUCGAUCCCAGCACCCGGCCACAACCUCCUGGCCAGUCGACCAGCAACCGGACUCGAGACAGUAG